AUGGCAGGCGACAAGAUUCUCGUCCUUGGUGGAACAGGGCCUGCUGGUGUCUGUGUCCUGCGCGAGCUUGCUCACCGCGGGCUGCCAAUGAUUGUCUACGCCCGCAGUCCUUCUAAAAUCCCCUCGGACCUGGCAUCCGAUGUUCUGGUCGAGGUUAUCAAGGGUGACAUGAACGACCGCGAAGCCCUUUCUACCGCCGUCGCGAAGUCAAAAGCGAUAAUCUCCCUGCUUGGACCAAACAGCAUGCGCCAACCCAAGAACACCGAAUAUGCGGACUACUACCGGACAACAAUCUCACUCAUGGAAAAGCACGGGGUGCGGAGACUUUUCGCCCUAGGUACCACUGCCAUUUACCAGCCUGAAGAUCACAGCUCCGUCAGCCGUUUUCUUAUGGCGCGGCUCAUAAAACUCCUCGCAGGUGGCGCUUAUCAUAACUUUCUUGCCAUCCAAGAGUUGUUCGAGAGAGACCAGGUAGCCCGAGAUAUCGACUGGACCGUUUUUCGCGUCGGAAACCUCUCGGGCUCGGCAGAAGCAGAGGACUGGAAGACCGAGCGCGGUAAUGGAGCAGCAUAUGCCGGUCCCGUUGCGGGUUCUGGAUGGACUAAUGGUAUAACGAGGAGUACGUUAGCCAAGUGGCUGGUUGAUGGUGUUGAAAAUGGCGCUCAGGAAUGGAUUCAUCAGAUGCCGGCAGUCAGUGAACUCGCUGGUGACAAGGCGAAAUAG